AUGUUCAAAGCACAGAUUGGCCGCCAGGUUGCCCGUGCAGCCAGAGUGCAAGCUCCACGAGCUACAUUCCGCCCGGCUGCCUCCUCUGUUCGACCUUUCACAAGCUCCGUGAGCCGCUUCGACAAGAGCAUUGAGGAAGACCAUGAUGCUGGGUCUUCAUCAACUGCCCCUGGAGAGAGCGGAGAGCAUGAGGGCCAGUUUGCCCGUACGAGAGAAGACAUCGUGGUGGAGUACCCCGAGGGGAAGGACCUCCCUCCUUCGCAGCCAGUGCAGGGCCGUGGGGGCUUCCAUUUUAAGCGCACACUCGCUGCGUUCUCUAUGGAGGGCAAGACUGCGAUUGUCACAGGAGGAGCUCGGGGACUCGGCCUGGUCAUGGCUCAAGCGUUGGUCACCUCCGGCGCCGACGUUGCCAUCGUCGACAUGAACAAGGAGGAGGCUCAGAGGUCAGCUGAGGGGCUCAUUGACCUGUUCAAGCAGGAGAACGAGUCUGGCUACACCAAGCUGCCCAAGGUUACCGCGCAUUACUGCGAUGUCUCGAGCCCAGACUCUGUGAACGAGUCGUUCGCUGAGAUUGUCAAAGCCCACGGCAAGGUCGACAACCUCGUCACCUCGGCCGGAUUCACCGAGAACUACGAUGCGAUCUCAUACCCUCAUGACCGCAUCCAGAAGCUCUGGGGUGUCAACGUUGACGGCACCUACCUGUACGCAGUCGCUGUUGCGAAGCACCUAAUAGAGCGCAAGGCGCCUGGCAGUGUGGUCAUGAUUGGCAGCAUGUCUGGUUCCAUCGUCAACGUCCCGCAACCCCAGGCGCCAUACAACGCAGCGAAGGCUGCUGUCAGGCACUUGGCUGCCAGUUUGGCUGUUGAGUGGUCGCAUUACGGCAUUCGUGUCAACUGCAUUUCGCCCGGCUACAUGCUCACAGCUCUCACCAAGAAGAUCCUCGAUGACAACCCAGCGCUCCGGAAGCAGUGGACUUCCCUCAUUCCUAUGGGUAGGAUGGGUCGCCCUGAGGACCUCAUGGGAGCUGUCACGUUCCUGUCCAGCGACGCCAGUCUGUACGUGAACGGCGCAGAUCUGCGCGUGGACGGAGCCUACACGUGCACUUAGUGAGGUGGUGUAACACCAAAAGUUGUUGUAUGACCAGACAGGACAGGGAACGGCGAUGGCGAUAGUGUUUAAUUGAUACAACCCACAUGUAUGAUUCGAGCCUCAAUGCUACGACGGAUACUUAGU